AUGCCCCCACACAUGCGCGAGACCCAGCGAGUGCCUCGCACGUGCAUCCAGUGUGCGCGCCGAAAAGUCAAGUGCUCGAAGAAGAUCCCCUGCGACGCAUGCAUCCGGCGCGGCGAAUCGGCGGCCUGCGCCCGAGAAGUCGUCAAGGUCCAUGGCAAGGUGACUGUUGCUGUGGACGAAGACGACUCGGAUGAGAGCGAAUCGACCCUCAAUUCGCGGCUGGUGCAAGAGAACCUCAGUCUCAGGACCCGCAUCCGCCAACUGGAGUCCGUCCUCCAACGGCCCGAGGCGCUGAAGCCCGAGGCAGAGACAGAGAUCUUCCGGCCGGCGCCGGCUGCAGAGCGGUCUCAUUCUUCGGAAAAGAUAUUGAAUGACUUCCAACGGCUCCCGUUUGGGCUUCUGGCUGAAUCGUCGCACGAUGGAGGGGUCGAUCCUCUGCGUCCGCGAGACGAUCAGGUUCUGAUCAUUCUACCCGCGCAGCACUGGAGCGAGGUGAUCGUGCAGUUCUCGCUCAAGCAUUUGGCGUGGGUUCACUGUGCCCUGGAGCCGGCGGUCUUUGUAGAGGAGCAUCGUGCGUUCUGGAAUCAGUUGAUGGACACCGGGAACUCGAGGCCUCACGGCUGGAAUGCGGUGUAUUUGAGUGUGUUGGCUGUAGGAGUAUAUUUCAUGAACGAUGAGAUGAUCGAGGGCUUCCAGUUCUUCCACGAGAGCUAUCUGACGGGGAGAUCAGGGGAGAUGUCCCUCAGCAGGAUGACCACGCAAUUGUGUCGCAUUUGGUGCGACGCUGCGGUCAAGGAGUUGGAGCACGCUGAUUACGUCAGUAAGCCCAGUGUCUUGACUGUACAAGCCCUUGCAAUCCUGAAUAUCGUCCACAAGAAUCUCGGACAGUCGAGUCGAGAGUAUAUCCUCCACGGCUUGGCUGUGAAUGUGGCUAGAUUGGUUGGCUUGGAUCGUCUUGGGGCGGGCUGCGAAAUACCUCACUUGCUGCGAGACACCCAGGCUCAUACGCCUAUCAACGUAUAUCGACGAUUGUGGUGGACUUUGGUGAUUGUCGAUUGGAUGACUGUGUGGUCCCGUCCAAUCUCUAUCCACCCUGGAUCGUUCACGACGAUAUUAGAGACCAGCGAUGAGUCUUAUACACCGGACUACUCGAGUAACUCCGACGUAUCGUCCCCUUUUGAGUAUCACAAGGCCAUGGCACAAUUAGCCGCCACCAUGCAGAACACGGUCAGGUCAAUCAAGGAGUGGAGUGGCAGCACCGUACAGGCUUCCGUCAGAGAGAUUGACUCUGCGACGUCCUCCUUUCCACGCCAUCUCUCCUACAAUGAGACAGACACGUCUGGAGUCCCACUAGAAGGAGUCCCAUCAUGGAUGAAUGUGCAGCGCUUCUUGGUGUGGAACCUCCUCGACACGUGGCGGAUCAAUCUCAGCGUCGCCCUGAUCCCCCAGCUACUGAGUAGCCCCAACGCUACCAAUGAUUUGGUCCACGCAAGCGCUGUAUCAGCAGCCAAACGUAUUCUGCAGCGCAGAUAUCACGAUCCCUGCUCUCACUUUCAAAAAUUCUGGGCCGUGGCGUGCUCGGCGGUAACAGCCGGCACCUUUCUAUGCCUCGACCUGAUCUGUUUCGGACAUUUGCGCUCUCCAGCCGAGAUCACGCAGGCCAAAGAAUUGAUCCUCGUCAGCAUCCAGCUGUUAGAGUCGUCAUACACGGAGACACGGCAUGGUGCUUUGCUCGUGCUGCGGCGACUGGCAUAUCUCCAUGACAUCCUGCACCAGCGCCAUGCGAUCGACCAACGAGCCUUCGCGAAUAUCAUGAAGUUGAUGGCCUCUCCGCGUCUGUGGACUUCUGUUGCCGAUAUAGAGUCGACUUUGAAAUUCUUGUUCGGUGGGUCUGACUUACACAGUAAACAGGGUGAGGGGCCAGUGCCUGUCGAGAAUGACACAGGCCAUCGUGGGACACCUCUGCUGCACGACGGUUCCAGCAGGGAAGGAUUCGAGCCUCUUCCGUUGGAGUCGGCGUCGGUUCCGGACUUUGAAGAUUUCUUCGGGGCAUCCGAGCUGAUUGACAUGUCGUUGCCAUGGAUUGAUCCGGCGACGUUGAUGGCAUUCACAAGUCAUGUUCCAUAGAGCCGAGACAAUGCGCAAAAG